UUUACUCUGUAUGGGGCUGGUGGGAUCAUUUAGAAUUGAAUUUAAUUUAAUCUUUGUAUGAUGUUCCCAUAGGGAGCUAUGGGCAUUAUAUUAGUGGCCCAGUCCAUACACUCAGGGGGUCAUAAAACUCACGCUCUGUCCUGCUAAGGGCGACACCCCUUGCAUUCCUGAGGGGAGGGGGAGUGGCCAGUUACCUGAUGCCCCUGCAAACUGGGAUAAAUAGUCAGCUCUUCUGACUACACCUGGGAUUUACUUUGGAGGACCAAUUUUGAUUGGAAGUUCAUCCCAUUGGUUUAGAAGGACUCCGGUACAAUUUCCAAGGCAACGAUGGCGGCUAAUGUGGCACCACAUAUAAACCUGCUACUCCUCGGUAUAGUCAGUUACAUCUGAAAAGGAACCCGACAGGGAAUUACAGGUGACAUUCAGGUUGGAUAUCUGUAGCUGCCACAUCAUGCGCUGUAAGAUGGUGAGGAAGAAGCUGGCUUUUGCUACAGUGGUGAUGGUUUCUGCUUUUGGGUUGUGGGCCUUGCUCACCGAGAUUACUGUACCAUUGUUCAUCCUAGAUUACUGUACCAUUUGCCCCAAGAGAAACACUUAUUACGUCGUUGACUUUGAGGAUGUCAAUAAAACCUUUACUCUGCUGCCCAAGGUGAACUGCAAAAAGACCCCUCCGUACUUGGUCUUGCUAAUAACCUGCACCCGCGAUGAAAAGGAAGCGCGAAUGGCAAUACGUGAAACCUGGGGCAGAAGAAGACGAAUAGAGGGUAAGCUCGUUUUUUCCUAUUUCCUUCUGGGAAUAAGCCCAUACCAGGACAUCAAUGCAGAAGCAGAACUGAUUAAUGAAAGCAACACUUACAACGACAUUGUUCAGAGACCUUUCAUAGACACCUAUUACAAUCUGACCUUGAAGACCAUCAUGGGCAUUGAUUGGGUUUCUGACCACUGUCCCGAGACCAGGUUUGUGAUGAAGACCGACUCAGACAUGUUCGUUAACACCUUCUACCUGGUCCAACUGCUGGCAAAGAAAAACCAGUCUUCUAAUUUUUUUACUGGGUUUCUCAAACUGAACGAGUACCCGAUAAGGAAUAUCUUCAGCAAGUGGUACGCCAGUAAAAGGGAAUACCCAGGGGCCAAGUACCCUCCAUUUUGUUCGGGGACUGGAUACGUCUUUUCUGUAGACGUCGCCAAAAAGAUCCACAACAUCUCCACGACAGUGCCGUUUUUCAAACUGGAGGACGUCUAUUUGGGGCUAUGUCUUGACAUAUUGGACAUUCACUUGGAGGAACUUCAUACAGAGCAGACAUUCUUUGCAGAGAGGCAGUCAUUCUCCGUUUGCAAAUACAGUAAACUUGUCACGUCCCAUGGAGUCAAACCAUAUGAGAACAUUGUAUACUGGAAUCUACUUCAACGGCCAACAAGUGAAAAAUGCUAAUAACAGGGCUGUGUAUUGUGUCCUACGGAGGCUGAGCUCACCAUGGCAUCAUUGUUGAUGUCCUUGGAAGGCUCUCCUUGGCUUUGGUUGUCACAAUCCAAACUGCAAGACAUUGGAUUUACCUAUAACCCACAGGGGCUUGAAAAGACUUAUCAGCCCCAUGAUGUGGUUCACUUGUAGGGUGUAGAGACAAUGUGACCAAAGUUUUUGUUUCGUUUCACACUGACACUAAAUUCUUUCUCUCAGUGGGUCUAGUACCUUGAUAUCAAACUCAGUGACUACACUGUUGAAUGCACCUCCAUAUGAGGAGAAACUGUGUUUGAAGACAGGGGAGGCCUAGACAAGUGUUCCCCAACCAAUGGCUCGGGAACAAUGUGUUUCUCACCAACCCCUUGGAUGUUGUUCCCACUGGCCCCAAAGCAGG